CACAGCCUAAAACUCAAAAGAGCUGAUGUCAGGACUCUACAUCAUUCAAAAGUUCCAUGCUUCUUAAAAUUCACCGCCAGUACACCUGAUGCGCCCUGCCUUUUUUUGUAAAGGACUCAUUCACUGUUCACUUCCUAUGCAUAUUCUAUGUGCAGUUCAUGCAUUUUUCUGACAAGUUGUAGUGCACCUGAGCACUGUAUAAGUUAAUAUAUUAUUUUAAGCAGAAAUAAAAUUUGCUUCAGUCAAGAAUAAAGACAAAACUUUCUUAAGAAAGUAUUUUCUUUCUCUUCUUGUUGUGGCGAGAGUCAUUGACACCCCUGUGGGAUUGGAAGAAUGGACUAGUCGAACUCACAAGAGUAGAGUAUUGGUGGAGUUGAGAGAAGUCUCAAGUAAUUUGAAACAUGUCGUCCCUGCUUUGUGAAACCUGCAUCUCCAACUAAUAGAACAAUAUAAAACCCCUGAAGUUGGGGGCUAUAGCUAUAUGAAGGUUUUAUCAAAUUCAAGUUUGGAAUCUUUAAAAUAUCAGAAAAUCAGUUGCAGUUGCUUAAGAAAAUUCAGGAUGGUAACCAGCUUGGAUGAUGUUAAAUCCUUACGUUUCUGGAGGGCAAAUGUUGCUGAAUUUUUGGGUUCCGCCUUAUUAGUGUUUAUGGGUUGUGGAUCAUGUACUCAGUGGAGCAAAGAGACCACACCUUCUUUGAUUGAGGUAUCAUUUGGUUUCAGUUUCACAGUGGUGACUUUGGUGUGGAUUUUUGGACAGACCAGUGGUGCUCAUUUCAACCCUUCUGUGACAUUGGCUCUGAUGCUAACUCGUAAGAUCAGUUUUGUCCGUGCUGUAUUUUACAUGAUAUUUCAAUCAGUUGGUGGAAUUACAGGUGCUGCUCUUUUACUGUCAGUUCUUCCUAAAAACAAGACAGCAGAUUUAUGUCCCACUGUUCUGGCAGAAGAUGUAAGCGUUUUCCAAGGAGUGUUAGUUGAGAGCUUCUUGGCUUUCUUCCUUGUAAUGACUGUGUAUGCCACAUCUGACACAAGACGCACAGACCACAAAGGAUCGUUCCCACUUACAAUCGGCAUUGUUAUAAUGGCUUGUAUUUUAAUGGGAGCUAAAUUUACUGGAGCUUCAAUCAAUCCUGUAAGAUCCCUUGGGCCAGCUGUUGUUGGAGGAGUUUGGGAACACCAUUGGAUAUACUGGCUGGGACCCAUUUCUGGAGGAAUUUUAGGGGGCAUUCUUUAUGACAAUCUGUUUGCAGUGAAUGCAUCCCUGAUGAAGGCAAAGGCUUGUUUUCUGACAAGUGAUUAUAAUGGAGAAAGAUUUCAUCCACAAAAAGUGAAGAUCAGAAUAAUGGAAGAAGAAUCCAUUUUCAGGGCACCACUUGCAGAACCUGAAGAAUUAUACAUGUCCUGACAUAAGGAUUAACCUUUCUGUUAUUAUAUUUCUAAGUAAAACACACACCUUAUGAAUUUCAAUUAAAUUCUAAAAUCAUCACGAAUUCAGACUGGUUUCAUUAAACUGUAACUAUUUUAUUUAUCGACAUUUUAAUGUGAUUUCUGGAAUGCAAUUGAAGAAAAGUUUCUUAAUCAGUUCUAUUGCAUAACUUUUGCCUCAAAAUGACUCUAAUUACAGGUAAAUCACAAGCUAUCUUUUUCCUCAGUUUGUUUCCGUAUUGAUCACUUCAAACAAGCUUACAUUUGCUUGAUUUCUCCUUAUCUUCUGUUGAAAAGCCCUCAAAUUCAAAAUCACUGCUUGAUAGCAUGAAACUGUUAUCCAGUUUAAAAGUUGAAAAAAAAAUCACCAAAGAAAAAAAUGUGGAAAAAAAAAUCUCCCAAACUUCAUACCACUCAGAUAUCACAUCAAAC